UGAGAACUUUUAUAAGCUAUGAAGUUUGGGAUAAGAAAUCUAAGGCACAGUGUAGAAAAUGGUAAAAAUAAUUUGCUGUACAUCUCUUUAGAGAGAUCAUUACUCUUUCUGUGAUAAGAAAAAAUGUUAAAGGAAAGUAUUGACUUGUCAUUCAUCUAGAGCCUUGCCCUUUUGGCAUAUAUACAUCUCUGAACAAAAGAAGUUUGUCAUAACUUUGUGUUAACUGUACUACAAUAUUUUCAUGGACUAAUAUUUCCAAGAAAAUAAUUUUGCUGUCUGCUACUGAGACACUCUGCUACAUUACAUUCAAACCAAGAGCUGACUAUCACACCUAGUCUGCAAAUAUUCAGUGUUAUCUAUCUGGAAACCUUAGUAUCCUACGUGCUUGUUUUUCUUCCCCUUAACUUAGCCACUUUAUUAUCCAGCAACCCUUCAGGAAAUACUUGCUGUAGUCAUGAUGUUCCAUGGAAACUACUCUAGAAUUAGCCCUAUUGUCUUUCAGGAUGCCACAUUAUUUCUAGAGUGCUUUGCUAAGAGGAGAUGGGCUUGGGUUAAUAAUUUACAUCUUUCUUUUUCCUCUUCCAGUGAUGGUCAAAACUCUCUUAAGUGCUGAGAUCCUACAACACAGAUCACUCAUUUGUGGCUUUUGUUUUUAGCAAGGAUAGUAUGUUUCAUUAUAGUUACAACUGUGUGAUCUUGCAGUGACAUAAAUUUGGGAGGUAGGUAUAUAGUGGGCAUCAUAUACACAUAAAAACACAGUAAUCUGGUCAUUACUAUUUAAGCAGCACACAUGCACACCUUUUGUAGUGCGUCAUUAAAAAAUGAUCAGUGUAACCUAUAGGAAGGCAAAACCAAGGCAGCCCAGAGGCAUAAUAAUCAUGCUGGUCUAUUUGGAAACGCAUUUCACUGAUUUUGGUGGUACUUGCUCCAUUGUAAGCAAGUAUAGGGUAGUGUUAGGUUUUUAAAAAUACAUUGUCCACUUAAGCAGGCAGAGGAGCUGAGCAAGGAGUGCUGCUCCAUUGCACUUUGCACCCCCUGAGAAGCAAAAUUAAUUAUGCAAAAGAAGUGACGAUGGACAAAGUUGCCGGGUUUUUAGAAAAAGGAAUAUGAGGAGUUUGGAGGAGGGUUUCUGCUGAAAAGCACUGGCUCCAGCAGGAAAGUAGAGAACAAUAUGUAAAUAGAAGCUACUGCUCAAAGGCUCAUGUAUUGCUCAGGAUAGCUGAUCUCUGCCAUGAGCUGGAACUGCAGGCAAAAAAUAAGACUCUGUUCCUGCAUCUUUGCUAACUGUAGGAGGGCGUUUCAGCAGGUUGACCUGAAGUUUCCUUUUUGGCAGCUGCCCACCAGUACCGAAAUUCACUCUUCUAUCUACCCAGCUGUUUAAAGGCGCAAGAGCGCGGUCUACUUUUUCACCCUUUUCCAGCAAUUGUGGGAGCAACAGAUCUUGGCUAGGAAGAGCCCUGUCGGUCCAGUGCCCAGCCGGAAGCUGAUGUUCACGGCUUUCCCCACAGCUACUGCCAGAGGCGCUGCAAGUUUUAAAGCUUGGUCUGUGGGGGGGAAUUGGCUUUUCUGGGAACUUUCUGCCCAUCAGUCUCGCCGGGUAACUCCCGCUUGUAUAUCUGGGGACGAGAGAGAGACAGCCAGGGGUGUGAGACGCUCUUGUACUGAGGGAGGAGACUAGCACGAGCUUAGCACUGCCGAACAAUGACAGCCAGAUGGCCGCUGCCGCCCCCAACCCGCCAUUUAAAGACUCGUCGAUAACAUCCCACUUCUCGCGAGCUUUCGUGUUCCCGUCGUCCCUGUUUCCCCCCGCAGAGGCGAGCGGAAACGCCCCCUUCCACGGCUUCGCCUUCUUCGCCUAUCAGGCCCGGCCUAUCCCGCGAAAGGGGCGGAGCUGUUCCUCCUACGUGGCUUAACACGCGUGAAGCGGCAGCGGCUUCCUCAGGUGCGGAAGCGAAGCGGCUUGUCAGGGAGGGGGGGAAAUGAGCGCGCGAGCGAGCGACGGGGGCGCGCGGGCCUUUUUCGCCUCUCCGCCGCGACGCGAAUCCCUCCGCCAGGUUGGGCCUGAGCGACUAAGCCGCGAGUGACUCGACGCAGCGGAAGGCGCCUUCGCGGGCCCGGAGGCGAUGGCGGCGGCCGAUGUGGAGUCAUCGCUGGAGCUGAGCCUGUCGAGCAGCUACGCGGGGCCGGGGACGUUGCCCCCCCCGCGCUCCCGCAUCUUCAAGAUCAUCGUCAUCGGGGACUCGAACGUGGGGAAAACGUGCCUCACUUUCCGCUUUUGCGCGGGCCGCUUCCCGGAGCGCACCGAGGCCACCAUCGGGGUGGAUUUCCGUGAACGCGCCGUCGACAUCGACGGGGAGCGCAUCAAGAUUCAGCUCUGGGACACAGCAGGGCAGGAGCGAUUCAGGAAGAGCAUGGUACAGCACUAUUACAGGAAUGUACACGCAGUCGUUUUUGUAUAUGAUAUGACAAAUAUUGCCAGUUUCCAUAGUUUGCCACUGUGGAUCGAGGAAUGCAAACAACACUUGCUCACCAAUGAUAUACCCCGGAUUUUGGUUGGAAAUAAAUGCGAUCUGAGAAGUGCAAUUCAGGUCCCUACAGACAUGGCUCAGAAAUUUGCUGACACUCAUAGCAUGCCACUGUUUGAAACAUCUGCUAAAAACCCUAAUGACAAUGAUCAUGUGGAAGCCAUAUUUAUGACCCUGGCUCAUAAGCUCAAGAGUCACAAGCCACUCAUGCUUAGUCAGCUACCCGAUAACACAAUUCACCUAGAACCUGCAGUAAAACCCGCCAUGCCAUGUUGGUGUUAGCUCACAGUAUUUUUGUAGUCAUCACUUUGGUCUGUUUGCCAGUGCUUUGAGAGUAUGGUGUUGGUAAUGUUCCAGUUUAGUAGAAAUUACAUUGAAUCUGCUGGGCACUUUAUUGUAUGUCCUCACAUCUGGAUGUGUGCCACUCUUAUCUCUGCACUUUGUUAACUGUGUCAUCUAAAUUACUGAAGAUUUAUGGAAGUUAGAUUUGUGAAGCUUGACUCUGGUCCCAUUGAAGUAGCUUAGUUCUGAGAUAUUUUCUCCACUAAAAUAGAAAUGUGUAGGUUAGGUCAAAUCACUGAUGCCUUUAGCGUUCAAUUUGAGCAGAUCACGGUUCUAUAGAAACCCAAAGAGUAGUAUGACUUGAUAAUUUUAAGUGAAUUACUUUUAGAUAAUUUGGUAAAUUGAUUUGUGAAUUGUACUUCUAUCACAUGUCUUAAUCAUGCAAUGGAAUGAAGGCUUGACUUAAGCACAAGUGUUAAGUCACCUCUUGCCUUCAUCUCAUUACUUUAUCUAAACUCUAGUUUAGUUAAUUAUGAAAGCAAGUGUAGAGCUACGGAGUUUACUUUCUGUGUAAAGUUAUGUUUGAUGGCCCUCAUAGUUUUGUAUUCUUCUUUAUAUGUGAGACAGAAAUGACAUUGGAAAAAUAUCCAGGGUUAUCUUUUGCACAAUAAAAUGAAAUCAUGUGAAUCUCAUGGAACAUUGGAAAUUGCAUUGAAAACUGAAGCUGUAGUGGAUUGUUUAUUUCUGAUGUAACCACAGGAGAUCAGAAAGUAUCCACUCAAUUGUGGCAUUGCUCUGGAGGCGAAGCCAUCAAUAGGAACGCCAGAUCUUGUAGUUCAGAUUCUCCCUAAAUAUUGCAACACUUUUUAAAAAGCUUUAACGCAAUUCUAAAAAUGUAUCAUUUAUAUUCAUAACAUUAUGAUGUAACUUAAGGUGUAUUGCUUGACUUUCAUUAUUAGAAGUGGUUGUAACCUACACAACAUACAAAAUGCCAAAACGUGAGACUUGAUUGGGGUACUUUUAGUACCCCAAUGGAAUACUAUGAAGCAAAUGGCCAAGGUAAAAGUCUUAGGAAUGCAUGGUUUAUCCUACUAAAAACAAACAGUGAACUCAAAUGUAGACUGCAAAUAAUAUAGGGAAAAUCAUAUGCUAUUCUGUGUGGUUGACCAUGUUUUGCUUUUGAAAUAGCAUAAAGUAGGAACAACUGAACUUCAGAAUCUACAAUUUGUAAAAAAAAUAACUACUUGUGUGCCUUAGCUAUGAACAUAUAGAAGGGGUGGUCUAUAUCAUCCCUUAGUAUAAAAAUAAAUACAUAAAAUAUGAAUGAAAGUGGCUGUUUUCCAUAAGUAAUAUUAGCAGCAUGUUUUUAGUAACCAGUUAAGAGGUAUCUUCAAAUCUGUUUGCAGCACAGAGUGUUUAGAGCUGAACUUACAAGAUUUCUUGCUUGAUGAUUUUGCGUAGACAUUUUUGCUAUAAUAACUGCCUCCACCUCUGGGCAGCUCAAGCUAAAGGUGUAAGGGAUAGGUGGGCUUUCCUGUGUUCAUUGUGUAACAUGCACUACUGGCACAAGAGCCCGAUUUAGCCUUCCAGUACUGAGUAAUUGGCAAGUGGCGAAAUCCUGGUGCCUAUCUUCAUCUCCUUGCACAAAUAUAGCUCCAGCCUUGUAUAUCUAUUGUUGCUAAUUAGGACCAUCACCCAUUAAAGAAAUUUGAGCUUUUAUUGACUAAUAAAAUAUUAAAGCUACAAAUAUUGAGGAAGGGAUAAAACAGUUCUGUAGAAAAUGGCAUAAUUUGUGUGAAUGACAGAUAAUGGGGAUUGAUUUUAAAUACGUUUAAUCUUUGUACUCUUGCUCUUCCCUCCACUUGGAAAGCUCAAGCUGCUAACAGUAACGUGUUGUUAGAAUCCUGUUAGCAGUGGCUGCCACCUUCUUAAGUAUUAAAAACAAAUAUUUUACAAAUCAAUCAAUGUUAAUCAACUAGGACAGCAGGAGACAACAUGGUUCCCUCUAGAUGUUGUGGACUGCAACUGCCCUCAGUCCUAGUCAGCUUGGCCAGUGAACAGGGAUGAUGGUACUUGUAGGCCAAAACAUCUGGAGGCUACCACAUUGGCUGUUUCGGAAGUAAGCAUUACAAACCUUAGUAUAAGUGAACCUUCUGUAGGAGUUGAUCUUAACUCUGUUGUUCAGUACCAUAUUGUAACCUUUUUGAUCCUCAUUCUUCAUUUAUUUUACAUGUGUCCUACAUUUCACAUUUCGUGUUAGCUUACAUAUAACUUUUGGUUACAUAAAAAGGGAAGGCAAUGAAAUUCAAGAUACCGUUACAUAUUAUUCUAAGAGAAUGGAGUAUCAGUAUUAUAGGCUAACACUUAAAGAACAAUUUACUUAAUAUUCCAAAUCCAAUUUGCUUAUAUCUACUGUGUGCUGCUUAUUAAAUGUCUUACUAAGUUUUAACCUUUACUGUAAUGUUAUUGAAGGCGGACAUAUUAGUACAAUUACUGUAAAUGUAAUUGCCAAAUACUAGGUGCUAUUCUGUUGUACAUUAGCAGAGUGAAGUAUAAAACACUAGCUUUUAUGUUUAGGAAAAUCUAUUGAUUGCACCUUAAUCAGUAAAAUGCAAGGAACACAAUCCACUUGCAUUGUGGGCCAAAUGUGUGAGAGGAUUGUGUCCAAGUUUAUAUAGGAUUAUUAUUUUUUUGCUUAUAACUAGAAGUGACAGGGUUUUUCUUGUUUAGUUUUUCUACAACACUUGAAAAAGGGAAGUUCUUUUUACUCUGUUUUGUGUCUUUACUUUUGGUUUACGCACUUUCUAGAAACCAUUUAUUUAAUACGAAGACUCCAGUGAUUUUUAAUGAAAAAAUGUUCAUAAAUGUAUAUUUCUAAAAUAUUUCUCAAAUAUAGUUUACACUCCUCUUUAGAGGACUCACCUGUUUACUUCAUUUUCUUAAUCCAUUUAAGUAAAAGAUAGCUUUUAAUGCAAAUGUAAUAAUAAUGUGUGCAUUAAAUCAUAUCCUAAAGAAAGUAAAAAUAAAAACCAGAGUUCUAUAAUCAGAAGGAAGAGGGUGUUGAAGAAUAAAUCAUGUGGACACAACAUAUGGGACAACAUCCCUGUAUUGCUCCCAGGAUAGGUCUGGUAACUAAUGUUGGAUUUCACCCAUAAAUACUGAUGAAAUGGUUACCUAUUUUGAAACUGUUUAAACUGCUACAGUAUAGUAUAGAAUUGUUCUAUCUUAUUAUUGCAAAAUAACAUUGAGCAUUGUCAUCUUAUCAGCACCAGUUACGUUGACAGUAUCUUAAACAGAGUGUUGUUAAUCCAAAAUGCUUCCCCAUUUAAUAAUGCUUUACCUACAAAAUGUCAAUUGUUCUUUCUAAAAGCAAAAGGAAAGAUUUAUUUAAAUUACCACAAGUACGUGCCACUGUCUUAAACUAAUAAAUGCUAGCAAGUAAAA